AUGACCAGGUGGUAUCAUCACUUCGUAGGGGAUCUUCUGAACUUGCAGCAGCAGCUUCCCAGAGAGGAUCACGUUAAACUUGCAAUUCCACCUGAAGUUGCCACUGUCUGUUGUGCAGUGUGUCCAGGCUACCAAUGGAAUAAACAAACAAUGGACCGGUAUGAGACUCUGAACAAGCCAGGUCAGCUCAACCCAGACACAAUAAAGGGUGGAAUUUCUGCCAUGAAGCUACUUGAAUGGGAAGUGAGCAUCUUAAAAAGAGUGAACCAUGAUCAUAUAACAGACUUGGAAGAGCUGUUUGAGACAUCAAAGCAGAUGUAUCUUGUAAUGGAGCUAUGUGAGGAUGGAGAACUUAAAAAAAUUAUUUGUAGUAAAGGACAUUUUACAGAAAAUGAGACAAGGCACAUCAUUCAGUGUCUUGCUUCAGCAAUAGCGCAUCUUCACAAAAAAGAUAUUGUUCACAGAGAUCUAAAACUGGAAAACAUUUUAGUUAAAAGCAGUGACAUCAAUGAAGCAAAUGAAAUGAAAUUAAAUAUAAAGGUAAGAUGACAAUUUUUCUUGGCUGUGAGGAGGAAUGGACCCACCGAGAGCAUGCUGCAGCCAUCAUGCAUGACACUGAUUAUUAUUUCCCCUGAAGUUACCAGUGCCUAUGACUACAGCCAAGAGUGUGACAUUUGGAGCGUAGGUGUCAUUAUGUACAUGCUGUAUCUGUUCACUGACCCUAAUUUUCUUACACCUUUUGUAGCAAGCUUAGAAGAAAAGCUUUUUGAACUAAUAAGAAAGGGAGACCUGUGCUUUAAAAAUCUGGUCUGGGAAACAUUCCCUCCGGUAUCAAAUUCAAAGCGGCAUCAGGAUUGCCAAGAAAAGAAGGGAGAACUGGACAAGUCCUUGGUACCUUCCAUCCAGGAACCGGGAAAUAAAAGCCUUCUGAAGUCUGCUGUCUCAGAACCAAAAAGAAGUCAUAGGACAUCCAUCAGCUCGGAACAGUUAAGAGUAAACAACUAUUACUUGUGCCAAAAUGAGCAGACUAUAUAA